UAAAAAACCAGAAUGAUGGUCGGGCCGAGAUUUUAAGAUCCGGUGGGUCAAUGCUUACAAUUAGUUUUAUGAAAAAAAGUUAUAUCCAGGAAAUUAGAAAACCCUAAUUCCCUCCCUGCAACACGCUACCGCCGCGUUACCGCCCUUUUGCGUCGCCUCCGUUCUGUUUUACCGCCCCUCCGUCGUACUGUGUUCAUCUCCUCUUCAUUCAUCAAUCGAGUUUUAGUGUUUAUCAUUCAAGUGAAUAGCUAUGAGGAAGCUAAAGAAUCAUGAGCAUAAACUUUUGAAGAAAGUGAAUUUCUUAGAAUGGAAGAGAGAAGGAGGUCACAGAGAGAACAUGGUUAUGCAGCGCUACCAUGUUACUGGACGGGAUGAUUACAAAAAAUAUUCAAGUAUAUGUCGAAUGGUUCAAAAGUUGGUAAACACAGUGAAACAGAUGGACCCCAAGGAUCCUUUUCGAAUUGAUAUGACUGAUAAGCUUUUGGAAAAACUUUACAACAUGGGUGUGAUUCCAACCAGGCAAAGCAUCACACUAUGUGAACGCUUAACUGUGUCAUCCUUCUGCAGGCGUAGGCUCUCAACUGUUUUGGUGAGACUAAAAUACGCUGAGCAUUUGAAAGAAGCUGUAACCUAUAUUGAGCAAGGGCAUAUUCGAGUUGGUCCUGAUACAAUUACAGAUCCAGCUUACCUUGUAACUAGAAACAUGGAAGACUUCAUUGCAUGGGUGGAUUCGUCCAAGAUAAAGAGAAAGGUUCUCGAAUACAAUGACAAGUUGGAUGAUUAUGAUUUAAUGAAUUAGUUGGCUUGUUGUGGUUUGUCAUCGAACAAUUUCUUGUUGUAAUCAUUGGUAUAUUAAGACUAUUCAAAAUCCUCUUCUUUAGGUAUAUUUUGGACAUGCAAGGAUUUUAACAGGAAUUUCUGUCUUAUUUUAAAAGUUAAGAAUCAUACAAUAUUAAGAUGAUGGGCGCACUAAAA